GAAACUUUCAAAAUACUUUUUCUCCUUCUCCAGAGCUUCCCUAUAUAUCAAAACAUUAGACAGCAACAUCCUUCUCUACAUAUUCUGAAAUUGCAACAAGCUAGCCCACCUUCUUCAUGGCACAACCUGCCCAUGUCCCAAAAUUCGGCAACUGGGACAAUGAUGAUAUACCUUACACUGCAUUCUUUGAUAAUGCACGUAAAGAAAAGGCCAGUGUCCCUAUAAACCCUAAUGACCCAGAGCAGAAUCUAGAGGCUUUCACGUAUGGGAAUGGGAGAGUCGAUUUGAGUUGUGGCCACAGUCAAAAGAGUAUCUCCUCAGAAUCUGGGAGUUCGCUGUUGCAGGCUACAGGUUAUCGACGGGAAAAAUCUCAGAGGAAGAAGAGUUGGGCUCCUGAGGGAGUAGGUAACAAUAAUAGCUUUUCUACAUCUGUUGCCCUUGCCCCGCAACAUUCUAGGCAGAAAAGUGGAAGUCAUCCACCUGGUGAUGAUAGAAAUCAGCAUCAUAGGUCAACUUCAAUUCCUCAAUUUGGAGCAUGGGAUGAAGCAGAUACCACUUCUGGAGAAGGUUUUACUGUAAUUUUCAACAGAAUAAAGGAGGAAAAACAAAAUUCAUUAGCCGCAAUCCCAUCACUACCAUCCUAUUGUCCCGGGCCUCAAAAUCAAAGAAACCAACCUACUUCUUCCUCUCAAUCAAAGCUUUGUUGCUGUCUAUUUUCUUGCGGAAGCAAAUGAAGUGACCAAAUGGUUUCGCUUCUCUCAUGGCUUGUUUCUUUAUUUUUUAUAUACACACGCGCAUCUUUGAACCAUUGCUGCAUGAAUUUUGCAAUUGAAAUGUUGUUCUUUUUGUUAUUGUUCGUGUUCUUAAUCUUUUUAAUUUGUGAUAAAAUUACUGUACAGAUAUUUUUUAUAUAAUCAACUCUAAUGAGAUAUAUGAGCUAUUACAAUUCUGGAUAAAAUCUUGCUGUAAAUGUAUUUACUUUUACUUACAAUAUCUAUCAUUUUCCAAAAAUAUAUAAGAUUAUGUAAUGCAUAUACAAAGUAGCUUUCGGCCCUUCCUUUCCUGCGGACCAAUAAUAGAAUUCUAAAUUCUA